ACCCAGCCGCCGAAACCAUCACCGCCCGACUUCUUCUCCGUCGCAGCGCUGCCGUCGGGAAAAGAGGCAGUUUGACCCUUCCAUUGGUUUCUGGCGCCGAUGUCGAGCUCUUGUGAGCUCUUCUACCAUCUUUUGGCUUGCUAUAUGUCUUUCAACACCCAGAGAGUGGGACAAGGCACUUGAAACAACUUUGACAGUUUAGUAAUGGGUAGCUGCCCAUGUUCAAAUCAUGUUUGGUUGAAUCGGCAUGUCUCCGAAAUUCUGUCUGUUUUGUCAGAGUGUAUUCUGCCGCUGCUGCUUCUGCAUUGUUGCUGGAGGACCAUGUGUUUGUCAAACAUCCAUUACCCUUUGAGGCUUUUGCAGUUCAGGAAAUUAGAGGUUUGGGUAAAAGGUUUUCUACUCAGAGAAAGAAAAAAUUGUAUCCUUUUGUUGUCAGAGUGUUGAAAACUUUGAAUUGGGAGGUUGCAAAGGGAGCAAGGUUCUCCAAGACCGUGAAAGAGCAUGGCUUUUCUCAUUCUUUAAAUGCCUUUCGGAUUAUUCUUCAUGAAUUUGCAUUGGUGGGAAUGCAAAUGGAAGUGCAGGCUUUGCUUACACAAGUUGUAUGCUAUUAUCGAGAAGCUAAGCAUGAUGCGUUUACUCUGUUCCCAUAUUUAUUGGAUUCACCUCAGAGUGGGGUGAGAUCACUUGUUGUAUUUGAUGCACUAAUGAUGGCUUUUUCUGACAACUCAAUGCUUGAGAAUGCUGUGGAUGUGUUUCUGAAGAUCAGAAAGAUGGGUCGUGAGCCACACAUACGGUCUUGUAAUAUCCUGCUCAAGUGUUUGGCAGAGGCAAACAAACUGGAAUGUCUUAGAAGCUUAUUUGAAUGUUUGAAAAACUCUGGGCCAUCUCCUAAUGUUGACACUUACACAGUUAUGAUGAACUUUUUCUGUAAAGGAUAUCCACUUCAGAAUUUGGAUAUCAGUCAAGCAACUGACAUUCUUCAAGACAUGGUGCAGAGAGGGAACCACCCAACUGCAGUGAUAUAUUCAAAGUACAUUCAUGGUCUUUGUAAAGCUGGAUAUGUGGAGUUUGCUUUGAAUUUCAUCCGAAACAUGCAGCACAGAGACCAACCCCUCAAUAGUUAUUGUUAUAAUGCUAUUCUCCGUGGGCUUUGCCAAAAAGGGGAAAUGUAUGAAGCUCUAAAAGUGUUGGGCGAAAUGAAGAGCUAUGGGAUGGUGCCAGAUGUCUAUUGCUACACCAUAUUGAUAGAUGGAUUUUGCAAGGAAGGGGAUAUAGAGAAAGCUCUUGAUCUGUUUGAGGAAAUGGAGCUUUGUAAAAUAAAACCUUCUUUGGUUAGCUAUAGUUCACUCAUAUAUGGUCUUUGCAAACUUGGAUUGAUAGAUCAUAUGCUACAUAUAUAUCGUAAUCUGGAGGCUGCCGGUGUGUGCCCUGAUACUAUCACAUGCACUCUCAUUGUUGAUGGGUAUUGCAGGGAAGGGCACUUGGAGGAAGCCUUGAGCUUUAUCUACGAGCUGUAUCAUCAAGGCAUAAGCCCUAACUCGUAUACUUAUAAUGCAGUCCUCAACAAUUUGUGCAAGCAAGGAAAACCACAAAAAGCAUGGGAACUAUUCCCUCACAUGUUUAGAAGGAAUAUACUCCCAGAAGUUGCAAAUUACAAUACUGUUAUACAUGGUUUCGGAAAUGUGUCAAAUUCAAAGAAGGCUUACAUGGUGUACAGAGGAAUGCUCAAAGCUGGUCUCAUGCCCAAUACUGUCACAUAUACCAUCCUUAUCAAUAUGUUCUGCCGUAGAGGCAAAAUAUGUGAAGCUUAUAACAUGUUCAGGGAAAUGAGUCAUAGGGGUUUAGUCGCAGAUGUGAUUUCAUAUACGUCUCUGAUUGCUGGAUUUUGUAGAAUGGGAGACACGAAGAAGGCAUGGGUAUUGUUCAAAGAAAUGUUGAGCAAAAACCACUUACCCAAUGCCAUCACCUAUACGUGUUUAAUAGAUGGUUUUUGCAAGUCUUCUCGCAUGGAUUAUGCCAGUUUCUUGUUUGAGGAAAUGAAGAAUAAAAAUGUUACCCCUGAUGUGGUGACUUACACUGUUCUCAUCACUGGGUACUGUAGGCUCCGCAAUGUUGACAGAGCAAUUGAGUUAUUUGAUGAAAUGAAGCACAGCGGUAUUUGUGGGGUUGAUAUGGUCAAUGAAGCUUUGGGGUUUUUUUACACUAAAGACAGGUCAACUUACAAAAGAUUAGAAAGCUGCGGAAAUGAUGUUUCAAGAUGACCAGAUGGUCUGUUCCCAAACAUGAACUUCUUUUAUCUUCACUAAGACAAAUCAAAAUGCUACUGCUGAGGCAACCGAAUUCUUGCCUUACAGAGAUCUAUUGACAGGUGAUUUCACAUCAAUUUCGGGUUUUCACCGACAUUGCAACUAUGGCAGUCACACGAUGAAUUCUGGAUGAUGUAGAAGUCAUUCAAAUUUAUUUACGGUUGACCCCUGUAACUCCAAUAAUACUUGCUCCGUGUGCAGUUGCAGACUUGGGUUUAAUAUUCAAAGAAACCAGUUCUAAGAAACCAAUCUGAAAAUGCUCAGUCAUGCUUGUUAAGGCCAAGUCUCAAUUCUUUGCCAGCAAUAGUUGUGCGGAAGGUUGUUUUUGCUGCUCAUAUAUUAUGAGUAUUAUCAGGUUGUGGUCGCUGCUGCAAAGGAAUGAGUCAUAUCGGUUCUCACCUGCAGUCAUUCCAGGGAUUUUGAGCUCAUUUGAAGUUGAAUAUUUUGACAAGGAGUCAACUUAGUGUGAUGCAAUCGGAUUAGAAUAGUCAUCAAGAGAACAAGAACUAGGUAUUCCAUUGACUAAAUAAAUAACUUGUGCAACAACUCCAAUGCCUCAUUAUUAGCUGUGAGACACUUAAAUGGGUGUAGGAUCAUACAUAUCAUCCUUUCUAUCUACAUCUUCACUACAUGUUGCAUUUCUUUUGCUUGCUACAGAGAUAAAAAAAUUCCACUGCACGUAUCUCAAUAGUUUGCUAGUUUCGUUUGUAGAUAUAAAUGUCUCGUCUGCAACACUUUAACCCAAUUCUCUCUUCUAUUUUUUUUUGUCUUCUCCAAAGGAAACUUUUCACGCCUAGAUUCUUUAUGUGUGUGUGUGUGUGUGUGUGUGUGUGUGUGUGUGAUUUGGUAUUUUAUCAACCUUUAUUUUCUGUAAAAAUUUUAGCCAGUGCCUAAAUCAAUUUUGUUACUCUUUUUUCUCUGAGAUAUCUGGUUGUGUGUUAGCUUAUGUUUGACCACUUAGACGUUACCUUACAGACUUAGAUUUAAGAUCAGUAGAGGGUAUGCAUGUUACUACAGUUCUGACUUAUUUAGUAACCAUAUA